AUGGCGGCUCUCGAGUUUUUUGGACGACCUAAGAGUGUUACAGAGCAAACAUCCUACAUUUCGAUGAAUCAGGGCCCUAGGGGUUGGAACUAUGAGCUGGUAAGGUUCAUAGUCUGGGUCGAUGCAAAGGUUGCCUUUGGGAAGGGCAUAGCUAAUUCUCCUCAAGGCUCUAUCGUAGACACAGUGGACCCUACCCUUGAAGUUACAAAGUCCCCGAUGCAGUCUGCGGAAGGCUCCAGUUGGAGUAUAAAGGAAUGUAAAAUUGUGGAGGAUGAUGAAGAGGAAGACGAGGACCCGUCCAAUAAUCUCUGCUGUGUUGGAAUUGUUGAGACCAAGAUCUCUCCUGUUGCUUUUGCUCCGGUUUCUUCUGCAGUUUUACCUGGCUGGAGUUGGGCCAAUAACUAUAGUCACUCCCAUAAAGGGAGAAUUUGGGUGGGGUGGAACCCCCGUGAGGUCAAUUUUUUGAUCAAUGCUUUAUCGGCUCAAGCCAUUCACGCUGGAGAUUUCAACGCCAUCCGAGACCCUUCGGAUAGAAUUGGAGGCUCGAAUGCUUGGAUUCCUGCGUUUGAUGAAUUCCGGGAUUGCCUGGUCCAAGCUGGUCUAGACGACUUACACUUCACUGGUUAUAGGUUCACAUGGGCUUCCUCGUCGGGCCCCAACAGAAAGCAAAGGAAGAUAGAUAGGGUGUUGGUUAAUGGCUGCUGGAACUCGGAAUUUUCCUUCUCGGAAGCCUCAUUCUUAGCCCUGAAUGGUGUCGAAGUUUGGGACUCUCCAUUCCAUGGUUCGCCUGUGUACAUCCUAUGUGCAAAGCUUCGCCUUUUGAAAUGCAAGCUAAAGCAGAAUAAUAAGGAAUUGUUUUCUGACCUCUCAAGGAGGACGGCAGAGGCUAGGCGUGCCCUUCAAGCUACUCAAGGUGCUAUGCAGGUAGACCCGUUUAGCUCCACCCUUGCUGAUACAGAAAAACAGCAGAUUCAAGUCUUUACUGACCUUCACCUCCAAGAAGAAUCUUUUUACCGGCAAAAAUCUAGAGUGCGAUGGUUGAAAGAGGGAGACCGUAAUACUAAAUUCUUUCACCAAAUGGUGAACAAGAGACAUCUUCAAAAUAGAAUUACCUCGGUAACUAGUGGAGAUACCACUAUAUUUGAUCUGUCGGAAAUCCAGAAGGUGUUUGUUGAUCAUUUUCAAGAUCUUCUUGCUGCUACUCCUAAUUUGGGCUGCCCUGCUAAAGAGGAGAUCCAAGCGGUUCUUAAUCAUUCGUUGGAUGAGGAUCAGGUUCGUUACCUUUCUUCUCCUGUCUCAGACGUUGAAAUUCGGGAUACUCUGUUUUCUCUUGCAACCGGUAAAGCCCCUGGGCCCGACGGUUUUAAUGUGGAUUUCUUUAAACAUUCAUGGGAUAUUGUUGGUGCUUCAGUUAUCAUGGUGUUAAGGAUUUCUUUGUGA